UUUUGAACGAGGCGCAUGCCAGUUUUGCUGUUGCCGCCAAUUUAUAGAACCGGCAAUUGAACGCGCUUAUACUUGGAGCAUGGACACUGCUGCCGCUGCCGCUGCUGCCGUUGUUGUUGACCUGAGCACCGAGCCGGUCAGCAAGUCCACUGCUAGCAAGCUGAUCAGCAAGCCCAAAGUAAAGCCGGCGUCUAGCUACGUGCCGGCAGCUGUUGCGACCGCUGCGCCAGCUCCAUGCAACGUGAGCUCUGAGCACGAUAUUCCCAAUUGCCUGGGCAGCACCGUCGAGUCAAUGUCUGCCACGCCGCCGACAACGCCGGCGCGCAUUCGUGGCAUCAGUCAUGAUGUUGCCGAUGGCCUAGCCGGCAGCACCGGCAAUGGCGAGCCAUAUGCGGCGCAUGGCAUGGUCAUGAACGGUCUCAAGGACUUGCCCGGUGGCGAGGUCGGACAUGCGGAGUAUCUAACGUCAGCACUGGCGUCAUUAAACACCACAACAUUAACGUCUUCCACGAACGCUUCCACAACGCCAAUGUCUGCCUUGCUUACAGCACCACCAACAGCAACAACAACAGCACCAGCACCAGCAACAACAACUCCGACAGCAGCAGCAACAAUAACAGCGACGGCAACUACCACAACUGCAUCCGUCAUUUCAGCUGCAACCACAACAGCAGCUACAACAGCCACCCUAGCAACAGGCAGCAGCGCAACGAUGACAUCGGCCAACAUGGAUCAGCUGCUCCACUGGCAGGACAUGCCCAAAUACCUGCAGUUCAAUCCGUAUGUCCUCAAAGGAUACCGUCCGCUGCAGACCUUCAAGGGCUGCCUGCUCAGUCUCUUCUAUUGGCACAACGAGACCAUCAACAUACUGACGCACGCCAUACCCAUAUUUUAUAUACUGGCCAUUGUUCCGGGGCUGAUGCCCUGGGACAGUGGUUACAAGUUCCUUUCGUUUUGCCACGUAUUCGGAUCGGUGGCGCCUUGGUGCGGCAGCUUUGUCUAUCAUCUGUUCAUGAACAUUGAGAAGGGCGAGAAUGUCUACUACACGCUGCUCAAGCUGGACAUGGUUGGCAUCUGGGUGAGCCAGAGUUUCGGUGCCUUGCCGUUGGUUACGGCAACAACGCUGUGCUUUACUCCCAUUCUCAAGUGGUUCAUUAUAACCGCAUACUGUGUGCUCUCGCUAUGGGGCUUGUAUAAGGCACUCACCGCCAGCUCGCCGUGGCAGCGGCGUCUUUGCUUCGCUCUGCCGUUUGGCAUGCGCUCCGUGCUGACCUUUCUGCGGAUCCGAGGAAUGGUGGGCGGCAGUCACAUGGCCCUUUCCCAUGUCUACCUGCAGGUUGAAGUUGAUGGCGUCUCCAUAUUGGGCGGUGCUAUUGGUGCUAUGCGAAUACCCGAAAAGUGGUUCCCCGGCCUGGUCGACUUCUACCUGAACUCGCAUAACAUUAUGCAUGUGCUGGUCGUGGUGGCCGUCUACUCCAUGCACAAGGCAACAAUCAAAGACUUUGAAUGGAUGUCCACACAGACGUGCAAUUCGGUGGCCAAUGCCACAGUGGAACAGACAUUGACCCACAUGGACCUAUGACCCGCUUACUGGCUGCUCCUAAUCCUGCUGCUCUCACUGCUGCUCCUGCUAAAGCCCCAACCACGACGUGCCCGAAUCAAUUGGAAAAUGCAAAAAGCUCGCAGCUCGCAGCCCAAGCAGCUGGACAGAGCUGAUCAUUGAGACAAAUGAUAAAGUAAAUGCGAAAUGCUACUCAAAUAUACCGUGUAUAAAACGAGCGCGUGCUG